AUGAACAUCACCGUCACUUAUGAGCACUCUGAUGAUGUCCUUGGACCUUUUGAAUUGAGUGAAGAUAUGUCGCUUAUCGACCUUUUCGCAUUGAUAGACUUUAAAGAGGAAUCUCAGAUCAUAUUUCACAACAUGAAGCAACUUGACACUAAGAACACGAAUAUAACUUUGAAAGAGGCUGGCUUACAAAACCAUGAUAUGCUUUUGAUAAAACCUAAGAAUCCCGCUAGUUCCCAGGCAGCUUUCGGUCAACCUCAGGAGAUCGAUUUGACGGAUGAACAGUACAUUGAACAGUUCAGGACUUUCCUAUUAGAGAAUCCAAGUAUGGCUCAAGAGAUGGGUCUUCCAAACUUAGAACAUAUGAUAAAUAAUAAAACCCAAUUUCAUCAACUACUAGGUCCGGUGUUACUUUCCAGACGUGGUGAAAGAUCAAAUAACCCAUUCGGUAUCCCAAAUUCUGAAUACUCAAGAUUAAUGAGCAACCCUGAUGAUCCUGUGAAUCAAGCACGGAUUUCGGAGUUGACCAACCAACAUGAGAUUGAUGAGCAAUUACGAUAUGCGAUGGAAUAUACUCCGGAGUCUUUUACCCAAGUGUCAAUGUUGUAUAUAAAAUUAGAAAUCAAUGGCCACCCAGUCAAAGCGUUCGUUGAUUCUGGUGCUCAACAGACUAUAAUGUCAACAAAAUUGGCAGAAAGAACAGGGUUGACCUCUCUAAUUGAUAAAAGGUUCAGUGGUAUAGCUCAGGGUGUUGGUACGGGCAAAAUUCUCGGGAGAAUCCAUACGACUCAAAUCAAAAUCCACGACGUGUUCUUGCCUUGUAGUUUUACCGUACUUGACACUCCAAUGGAAAUGUUGUUGGGUUUGGACAUGUUAAGAAGACAUCAGGCAUCUAUAGAUUUGAAGAACAAUGUAUUGAGAAUAUCAGAUGUUGAGACCCCAUUCUUGCCUGAAUCUGAAAUUCCAAAGGACUCCCUUCAUGCACUGACAACUCCAGCAGCUGACGAAGUAAGAAAGGCAGCGUUGAAGAGGGACUCAUCUUCAGGAAAAAAUGCUAUGACUGGCGAUGCAAACAAAGUCAAGCAGCCAAAGAUUCCAAGUUCUACCACAAAUCAAACUGUUCCAUCGUUCGCAGAAUCAGACAUAAAAAAAUUAGUGGAUCUUGGUUUCUCUAGGAAAGAAGCUAUCAAUGCAUUGAAUAAAACUGGUGGAAACGUGGACUAUGCAGCUUCCCUUUUGUUUCAAUAA